AUGGUGAAAGCACAAAAGUAUGUUGUAAAGAGAAACUUCCAAGGAGUGCCUAAGCGUGACGAUUUCGAAAUAGUAGAAUAUGAGUUACCACCCUUAAAGGAUGGUGAAGUUAUUGUCAAAACGGAGUGGAUUAGCGUAGAUCCCUACCUACGAUCUUUUAAUUCAAUGUACACCCCACCUUUUGAUCAGUUUUCUUUUCAAAUUGGUGAAGUUAUAGAAAGCAAAAAUUCCAAAUAUUCAGUUGGAGCAAAAGUAGUUUCCCAUAUAGGUUGGUGCGACUACGGCAUAGUAAAGAUGUUUGAUGACCCCUUAACGAGACCAUAUAAAUUACCAGAUCUAAAAGGUUUACCUACGUCUUAUGGAAUUGGAGCCGUUGGGAUGCCUGGAGCAACUGCUUAUUUUGGAUUCUUAGAAAUUUGUAAACCGAAAUCUGGUGAGACUGUAGUUGUAACUGGUGCUGCUGGAGCUGUGGGGUCAAUCGUCGGACAGAUUGCUAAAAUUAAGGGAUGUAGAGUUAUCGGCUUCGCAGGCUCCGAUGAAAAAGUCAAAUGGUUAGAAAACGAACUUGGCUUUGACAAUGCUUUCAAUUACAAAACCGUGGAUAUUAUGAAAGCUUUAGAAGAGGCUGCUCCAAAAGGUGUUGACUGUUAUUUCGAUAAUGUUGGUGGAGAAAUAAGUAGUAGGGUCGUUAGACAAAUGAAUACAUUUGGAAGAGUAGCGUGUUGCGGAAGCAUCAGUACAUAUAACGAUGAUCCGGAUAAAAUGUCUAAAGCUACAGUUCUGCAAUCGUAUUUGGUUACGAAGCAGAUUAAAAUUGAAGGUUUUGCAGUUUCCAGGUGGGCAAAUGAAUGGCCUAAAGCAUUUGAUCAACUUGUAAAAUGGAUUGAGACUGGGCAACUAAAAAUCAGAGAGCACAUCACCGAAGGUUUUGAUAAAUUGUUUGAUGCAUUUUUGGGUGUGUUGGCGGGAGAAAAUAUUGGUAAGGCUGUAGUUAAGGUUUAUCAGUAG